AUGUCUGCUGCUGUGGCUCAGAGGGCUCCUCUGGGUAGGACCUCAUCCCCUAUGGACGCGAAGAAGAACAACAUAAUAAAGUCUGAAGAUUCUUCAGCAAAUACAAAAGACCAGAAGCCUGCGACCGACACUGAAGCGUCUCAAUCACUUCCACCGCCGCCCCGCCCAGCUGCUUCUGGUCCGGGCGAUACACCUGACUACUUCAACUCGCUCCACAACCCAUUCUCCCUCGAGCCCAACCCGUUCGAGCAGUCUUUUGGCAACCCAUCAGCUGAAACCCCGGGGAAGUCAUUGCUUCCCCCAGUCGCAUCCAUCACGUCUCCUGCACUGCCCGGAGCAAGCUCAGCCGGCUAUAACUGGCCCAACUCUUUACGCUCCGGACCGCUGAGUCCUGCUAUGCUGGCGGGCCCUACUGGUGCCGACUAUUUUGACAGUAUCGGACGCGGCUUUCCAACUCCCAACGAGUCUUCAUUACGAACGGGGUUGACCCCUGGUGGUGGUGGGUCAAUGUUCCCAGCCCCGAGUCCUAAUACUCAGGCGAUCCUUUCUCAACUUCAAAGCGGUGGCGCGACUCCUUCGACUCUCGAGUUCCACCGCACUGCCUUAAACGCAGCCAAGCGCAGCGGUUUCAAUGCACCUACGUCUAACCCGACUAGCGAUCCAGAGCAGCUCCAGAACAUGGACAAGAAGACUGCACCACCUGCCGUCGAUCAGUUCACGCACCACGAUGCCGCUGAUGCAGCCAACGGCCUCUUCAUGCUUGCGAAGGGUGGCCAGCCCAACAAUGACGCGUUCGCGGCAGCCGCGAAGCCUGUGGACAUUCCUGAUACGAAACGAACGACGCGAAAUGCUCACAAUUCGGUGAGCAGUGGUCGCGAAAUGACUGCUGAGGGUUCCGACAGUCAAGGCGAGCAAGCCAAGCCAGCAUCGAAAGGUAAAGGCAAGAAGAACACGUCCACCAAACAGACCUCCACCGUCAAUGGCCGUCGCAAGGCAGAAGAAGCGCCCAAGGGUUCCAAUAAGAGGACCAAAAUGAAUAAUGGACCUAUGGAGGUGACUCCUGAAGAGGAGUCGGACGAUGAAGACAUGAAGGACGAACUGAAUGGCAAAGACCCGAAGAAGAUGACUGAUGAAGAGAAGCGAAAGAAUUUCUUGGAGAGGAAUCGUGUCGCGGCGCUCAAAUGUCGUCAACGUAAGAAGCAGUGGCUUGCAAAUCUCCAAGCCAAGGUCGAGCUCUUCACAACGGAAAAUGAUGCUUUAACGGCGACCGUCACUCAACUACGGGAAGAAAUAGUGAAUCUCAAGACCCUUUUGCUUGCUCACAAAGACUGCCCUGUCUCACAAGCUCAAGGUCUCGGUCCUUUGAUCAUGAAUGGCAUGUCCGCCGGCUUUGAUCCCCAUCCGUACAACCUCGCAACCAAUAUGGCCAUGCAACCCGGAGCACCAAUGCCCCAAGCCAUUCGCCGAUAG